UGUGACAGAGAGAGCGAGCCAAGGGAGAAAUAACAGAGAGCGAGAAACUACGAUUGGAUGCCAGCGGCGGGGUAGAAGACUGAGGCGGCCUGUGAACUUUUCUUCAGUUGUCAUGGGCCCUUGGGGGUUGAGCAAGUGGCACCGCUGACUCACAGAGGAGAGGACGGAUGAAGAAACAACAGCAAACAAACACAAGUGACAAGAGUAACUAAGGACAACACAGCUCUUAUAAGGAAGAGCAGGAAAGCAGCAGAGAGCGAGGGGCACGCAGGGUGAGUGUGUUAGAGAGAGAGAGAGAGAGAGAGAGAGAGAGAGAGAGAACUUCCACCAGGAUCACCCAGAUCCAUCCAUCUACCCAUCAUCCAUCCAUCCAUCCAUCCAUCAUCGACGAGGACGGGGCCGAGACAUGAAGAGGCCGCACGACUACAGCUCCCCGGACUCGGACACAGAUGAGUUCAUUGACGUGGGACAAGAGGACGGCUACUGUCCCGUCACCGGCUCCAUGUCUCCGGGCAGCGCCUCGCAGAUCCUGGCCAGGAAGAAGAGACGAGGGAUCAUAGAGAAGAGGCGCAGGGACCGGAUCAACCACAGCCUGUCGGAGCUCCGCCGGCUGGUGCCCAGCGCGUUCGAGAAGCAGGGCUCAUCGAAGCUGGAGAAAGCAGAGAUUCUGCAGAUGACAGUGGAUCAUCUCAAACUGUUGCACGCAAUGGGAGGAAAAGGAUACUUUGAUGCUCGGGCGCUGGCGGUAGACUACAGGACCCUGGGCUUCAGGGAGUGUGUUGGAGAGGUGGUGCGGUACCUCAGCUCGCUGGAGGGCGAGUCCCCGGACCCUAUCGGAGCCCGUCUGGUCUCCCACCUCUCCCACUGCGCCACCGAGCUCGACCCUCUUCUCCUGCAGUCGCCCCCGGCCUCCACGUUGCCCUUUGCCCCCUGGCCGUGGGCGUCCUUCCCCCAGAUCUCCGCCGCCUCGCAGGCCUCCUCCUCGCCUCCGUUCCCCAGCGGGCGGAGGGAUCUGGCCCUGCUGGGGAGCUACCCCUCGCCCGCCUCCCUCCGCCUGGCGCCCCUGGCCGGGUGCCAGCAGGGAGUGCCGCAGCUCCUCGCGCCCGCCGCUCUGGCCACCGUUCACCGGCUGCCCUCGCUGGCCGCCCCUCCGGCCCUGGGCCCCUCCAGACCGACCCAGCCGUCACCUCACAGCACCACCAAGGCCUCACCUCUGACUCCCGCCGCCCCUUCCUCUUCCUCCCCUCCUACCGCCUCCUCUUCCUCCUCCACUCCGUCAUCCUCCACCCCUCCUCAAGUGUCUUUCAGGCCUUUUGCACCGCUGGCGUCUCCUGCAGCUCAACGCAGGGCCUUGAGCGGGUCGGCCAAGGCGGCGCAGGGAUGGGGGACUGAGAUCGGAGCGUUCUGAGUGUUCGGUUUCCAAAUGAACUCCGUGCAGACGUGGACCCGCAGUGUGCACCGCGUAGCGAAUCCGAUCCCUUUGGAGCGAGACGUAUUGAACUUUUGCAACUGUCUCUGCUUUUGAAGGAGUCUAAAAGCCAUAUCAGACUGUUGUCCAAUGCAAUCAUACGAGAUGGGAGGAUGAAGGAAUGUGAAGGUGUAGAAUUCAAUAAACCUGCGUCUGCUAUCUUUCCUGACAAUAACAGAGCCAUAUAUGCGGUAUAAUGCUCAACGGAGUGAGGUUGGGUUUUUACUGAUCUUUGAACUGUGAUGUUUUUUCUUUUUUUUUUCCCAAAACAUUUAUACACUUG